AUGGCUCCUCACAACAUCCGGUGGGGUAUUAUGGCCACAGGCUGGAUUGCAGACAUCUUCGUGCGAGACCUUCUACGAGACCCCAAUCUCCGUGAUGCAUCAGAUAUCUUCCACACCGUCGCCGCUGUCGCAUCGUCUUCGUCCAAGGACCGCGCGGAGAAGUUCAUCGCCGACACGGGCGUGCCGGGCCCCUGCACCGCGUACGGCUCGUACGCAGAGCUCGUCGCCGAUCCAAACAUCGACGUGGUGUAUGUCGCUACGCCGCACUCCCACCACUUCCAGAACGUGAUGCUCGCUCUGGAGGCGGGCAAGAACGUCCUCUGCGAAAAGGCCUUCACGGUCAACGCCGCGCAGGCCAAGAUCCUGUGCGAGACGGCCAGAAAGAAGAAUCUCUUCCUCAUGGAGGCCGUGUGGACUCGGUACUUCCCGCUUAGUGUGCAGGUCCGCGACCUGAUCAAGCAGGGCGUUAUUGGCGAGGUCCUUCGUGUCAUUGCUGAUAACAGCUUUGGGGAUGAUGUCGAGGAGCGCUGGGGUACCGAGCACCGGAUGGUAAACAAGGAGCUGGCCGGUGGUUGUUUGCUGGACUUGGGAAUCUACUCCCUCACCUGGGUUUUCCAGACAAUGUACCACACCCUCCCCCGAGAGCAGCGGAAACCCCCCUCGGCCAUCUCCACGCACAUGUCUCUCUACCACCUCACCGGCGCCGACGAGGCCACCACCAUCCUCCUCACAUUCCCGACCACCACCCCGAGCAACAGCGGCCAACCCGGCCAAUCCCAGGCGGUGGCCAUGACCCAUCUGCGGGUCGCGACCGAUCCCGAUGAGAAGGGCACCACCGGCCCAUCGAUCCGCAUCCAGGGCACCAAGGGCGAGAUCCAAAUCUUCGGCCCUGCGUUCCGGCCGGAGAAGUACCGCCUUGUUCCCAAGAAGGGUCACGGCGAGGUCAAGGAAGUGGAGUCCCAGUUCCCCGGGGAUGGAAAGGGUAUGUACUGGGAGGCGGACGAGGUCGCGCGCUGCUUGCGCGACGGCAAGCUUGAGAGCGAGGGCUUGCCCUGGGAGGAGAGCAUUGUUAUUAUGGAGGUAAUGGACGAGGUUAGACGGCAGGGUGGUUUGACCUAUUCGGAGAAGAUCGAGUCUACGGUUUAUCCUACGCAGCUAUAG